AUGCCGCUCUUCGCCACCAACCCCUUCGACCAGGAUGUGGAGAAAGCAACCAGUGAGAUGAACACUGCAGAAGACUGGGGCCUCAUCUUAGACAUCUGUGAUAAAGUUGGACAGUCACGCACAGGGCCUAAGGACUGUCUCCGUUCUAUUAUGAAGAGAGUGAACCAUAAAGAUCCCCAUGUUGCUAUGCAGGCAUUAACACUUCUAGGAGCAUGUGUAUCAAACUGCGGUAAAAUCUUUCAUUUAGAAGUCUGUUCAAGAGAUUUUGCCAGUGAAGUAAGCAAUGUGUUGAAUAAGGGUCAUCCAAAAGUUUGUGAAAAGCUGAAAGCUCUUAUGGUGGAAUGGACUGAUGAAUUCAAGAAUGACCCACAGCUUAGUUUAAUAUCUGCUAUGAUAAAAAAUCUUAAGGAGCAAGGAGUUACUUUCCCAGCUAUUGGUUCACAGGCUGCUGAACAGGCAAAAGCAAGUCCGGCUCUGGUUGCCAAAGAUCCUGGUACAGUAGCCAACAAAAAGGAAGAGGAGGAUUUAGCUAAAGCUAUUGAACUGUCACUGAAAGAACAAAGGCAACAGCAAACAACACUUUCCAGUUUGUAUCCGAGCACCUCAAGCCUUUUAACAAAUCACAAACAUGAGGGCCGAAAGGUUCGUGCAAUCUAUGAUUUUGAGGCUGCUGAAGACAACGAAUUAACUUUUAAAGCUGGAGAACUUAUAACUAUCCUUGAUGACAGUGAUCCAAAUUGGUGGAAAGGUGAAACUCAUCAGGGUAUAGGAUUGUUUCCAUCUAAUUUUGUAACAGCUGAUCUUUCUGCUGAGCCAGAAAUGAUGAAAGCUGAGAAGAAAACAGUGCAGUUCAGUGAUGAAGUUCAAGUAGAGACAAUAGAACCUGAGCCUGAACCAGUUUAUAUUGAUGAAGAUAAAAUGGACCAACUCUUGCAGAUGUUACAAAGUGCAGAUCCAUCUGAUGACCAGCCAGACCUCCCAGAAUUGCUUCAUCUUGAGGCAAUGUGCCACCAGAUGGGACCUCUCAUAGAUGAAAAGUUGGAAGAUAUAGACAGGAAACAUUCAGAACUUUCAGAGCUCAAUGUUAAAGCAAUGGAGGCUCUUUCCUUGUAUAACAAAUUGAUGAAUGAAGACCCAAUGUAUUCCAUGUAUGCAAAACUACAAAACCAACAGUAUUAUAUGCAGUCAUCUGGUGUUUCUGGCUCUCAGGUUUUUCCAGGGCAACCUCAAAGUAAUGCAUAUUUGGUGGCAGGGAGUGCACAGAUGGGCCAUGUUCAAGGCUAUAAUCUUCCUCCUGAACAACUCUCUUCUCUCAGCCAAGGCACAGUUACUCCAUCUGCCAGCUCAGUACUGCCUGGUCAGCCUGCACAGACAUCUUACACAAAUGCAAUGGUUGGCUCUGUUGCUGGAAAUACUUAUUCUAACCAGGCUUCAGUGUAUAGUCCACCACCUGCUACUGUUGAUGUUGCUGCUUAUCAGAACGCUGGAACUAAUAUGUCCCAGGUGCCAAACUAUAACUUAGCAUCUACACCUCUGCCACAGACAGCAGGCAGUCAACAAGCACCUCCACAACAACCACAGCCUCCGCCACCUCAACAACCACAGCAUAGUUACUCACAGAAGGCUCUGCUAUAGGAUCCAGGACUGCUGAUUCCUAAUCUUCUUUAACCUCUGCUAAAGGCAGUUGGCAAUUCUAUGAGUUUCUUCCUUUAAUCUCUUAAACUUUGUUUAUCCUCAGCUUAAUAAGAAUCUAUCUUGGUGAACAAGUUCAAU